AUGGCUUUAGGCGCGCCCAUCACAGUCAUCAGCGUCGAAUAUCGGCUCAGUCCAGCAUACUUGUACCCCAUCCCACUCGAGGAUGGGUGGAAUGCAACUCAGUAUAUUAUGAGCAAUCUCUCGAGUUUGGUUCAAAUCCACACUACGCCUGUCAACUUAGUCGUUAGUGGGACAUCUUCCGGCGGUCAGCUUGCGGCGAUUGUAUCGCAUCGUGCAGGCAGCUGGCUCAGCGCAGCAGAAAAUUCAACACAUGCUGCAAAAAUAUCGUUCAAUGGAGUCCUCCUUCGAGCUCCAGUAUCUGUCCGUGGGACAGACACUGAGUUCAUCCCUCCUCGUUUCCGAGACCUCCACCGUUCUUGGUCAAGUGAUUAUACGGGUGCCGAACUGGACAGGAUGAGUAUGAUUCGAAAUCACGGUAAAGAUUCCUUGUUCGAAUCUGUCGUCCUAGAUUUAUUCACGGCCGAGGCGCUGACUGUAUUUUUAGAUGCGCUUGGUGUUCCGUUCAACAAGUUAACUUCUCCUGAUGCGUAUCCAUUAUGGAGUGAGUUCAGUGGAUCGCCAAGGGCCUAUAUCCAGAUUUGUGAACUUGAUAUCCUGCGUGAUGAUGCCGUUUGUUACGUGAGAGGGUUGCGAGAUGCUGGGGUGGAGCGACCAAGAGUGCCUUCCCUCUCCACUUGGUUCUGUUUCCCUCCCAAUGCUGGCGACGUGUGUUUUUGGAUCCUGAAUUGUCCUCUGAGCCUCACGUUCCAGAAUAACUCAUCUCGCCCACCUCCAGCGCACUUCUCAUCGCGCCCGAGAACGCUGGUGGACCCUGGAACUAGGCGGCCGUUUUUGCCGCUCGCAAUCCUUGCGCGUGCUGGUCGAUCGCCACUGCAUCGGGCAGAUGCUCCUGGCGCCCGCCGAAGCGCCAUUGCAACACCCGCGCGGUCCUCGAGGGCGUUGAGACUUUAG